GCUCGCACACAGCAGCUGAGCCCUUGUCAGUCUUGGAAUGUCGCCGCCGCCCGUCGCCGGGAGUCAGACGCUCGGUUGCUAAGCACCGCCGAGGGAAAGGCAGCAGCAGCAGCAGCAGCAUCGCGGAGGCUGAGCGCAGAAAAGGCUCCGGUGUUUGGCGGCACCGUCAGGAGUACGAUGUGUGUUCUGCUCACGCUACCUUGCAGUGGUCACCGAGUCACGAGCUACUCACCAUAAAUUUGCCCCGUCGUCCGGACGUGAGACCUCCCCUCGCCGCUCGGAUACCAUGUUCAUCGGCCGGGUGGUCCUGGCGCUCUGCGCCAUUUGGUCCGUCGCCGUCGCCCUGCCUCUCACGCCUGGGAAUAUUGGGAAUUCGUUCGGGACGAAGGAGAGCGACGGCAGGAUUCUGCACCGGUCCAAGCGGGGAUGGAUGUGGAAUCAAUUCUUUCUGCUGGAGGAAUACACAGGGAACGACCAUCAGUAUGUCGGCAAGCUGCGCUCCAACAUGGACAAAGACGACGGUACGGUCAAGUACAUCCUGACGGGGGACGGGGCCAACACCCUCUUCCUUAUCGACGAAAACUCUGGCGACAUUCACGCCACCAAGAGGCUGGACCGCGAGGACAAGGCCAUGUACACUCUGCACGCCAAGGUGGUGGACCGCACUACCAAUCAGGAGCUGGAGCCCGACACAGAGUUCAAUAUCAAGAUCCACGACAUCAACGACAACGCCCCUAAGUUCGAGCGGGACGUGUACUUCGCCAACGUGCCGGAGAUGUCGGACGUCGGGACGUCGGUCGUCACGGUGACGGCCACGGAUGCCGACGACCAAACGUACGGCAACAGCGCCAAGCUGGUCUACAGCAUCCUGCAGGGACAGCCUUACUUCUCGGUGGACUCUGAGAACGGCACUAUCAAGACAGCCCUUCCUGGCAUGGAUCGGGAGGUCAGGGAGGAGUACCAGGUGGUGAUCCAGGCCAAGGACAUGGCGGGACAGAUGGGGGGCCUGUCAGGGACCACCACGGUCAGCAUCACCCUCACCGACGUCAACGACAGCCCGCCCCGCUUUGCAAACCAUUCCUUCCGUGUCACCGCCAUGGAGUCUACGGAGGUCGGCGGCGCCAUCGGCCGCAUCAAAGCCGAUGACCCCGACGUGGGUCGGAACGCUGAGAUGGAGUACACUGCGGUUGACGGUCACGGCAUGUUCAACAUUGUGACGGACAAGACCACGCAGGAAGGAGUGAUCAUCAUCAAUAGGGCGCUGGAUUACGAAAGCAAGAGGGACUACGAGUUCAAAGUGGAGGUGAUGAACACGUACUUGGACGCCAGGUACAUCCAAGGCCUGCAGUUCAAGGACUACGCCACGGUCAAGGUGACGGUGGAGAACGUGGAUGAGCCGCCGGUUUUUACCCGCAACCCGUACAUCAUCGAGGUGCAUGAGGACACGGCUGCCGGCAGCUUUGUGGGCGUGGUGUCGGCCAAGGACCCUGAUGUUGAGAACAAGCCGGUCAAAUACUCCAUUUACCGCCACACGGACCUGGAGAGGCUGUUCGACAUCGAUUCUUCGAACGGCACGAUCACGACUCGCAAAGCGUUGGACAGAGAAAUGUCCAGGUGGCAUAACAUCUCGGUGAUGGCUGCUGAAAUAAAUAACCCGCUGCAGAUCGCCCGCGUACCCGUAUUCAUCAAAGUCUUGGACGUCAACGACAACGCUCCAGAGUUCGCCAUGUCCUACGACACGUUUGUCUGCGAGAACGUCAAAGCAGGACAGUUGAUCCAGACCAUAAGUGCUGUGGACACAGACGAGCCCCUCGUAGGACACAAGUUCGUCUUCAGUAUAAGUCCUCAAAACCCAAACUUCACCAUCAACGACAAAGAUGAUAACACCGCCAACAUUCUGACCCGGCGAGAAGGUUUCAGCCGGCGGGAGAUGAGCGUCUACUUCCUGCCCGUGGUGAUCUCGGACAAUGACUACCCCAUCCAGAGCAGCACGAGCACACUGCUGAUUCGCGUGUGCGCUUGCGAUCGCCGCGGCAACAUGCAGUCGUGCAGCCCCGAGGUGCUACCCUUUUCUGACGGGCUGACCACUGGUGCCCUGGUGGCCAUCUUGCUGUGCGUCAUCAUUCUGCUCAUGAUCGUGGUGUUGUUUGCCGCCCUGAGAAGGCAGCGGAAGAAAGAGCCGCUGAUCAUCUCCAAAGACGACGUCCGAGACAACGUGGUCAGCUACAACGACGAGGGCGGCGGCGAGGAGGACACGCAGGCCUUCGACAUCGGGACGCUGCGCAACCCCGAGGUGAUGGACGCCAACAAGCUGCGCCGGGACAUCAUACCCGAAAUGCUCUUUUCCUUCCGGAGGACAUCGCCCAUAAAGGAUAACGCCGACGUCCGGGACUUCAUUAACGGGAGGCUUCAAGAGAACGACUCCGACCCCACGGCGCCGCCCUAUGACUCCCUGGCCACGUACGCCUACGAGGGCAGCGGCUCGCUGGCGGAAUCUCUCAGCUCGUUGGAGUCGGCCGCCACCGAGGGCGACCAGGAGUACGAUUACCUCAGCAGCUGGGGGCCGCAGUUCAAGAAGCUGGCGGAGAUGUACAUCGGGAGAAGCCCGGACCGGAAUACCUAGACGGUAUAUCCCGGACCGAGAUACCUAGACGGUAUAUCCCGGACUGAGAUACCUAGAAGGUAGCCAGACCCCUAUUUGUCUAACUAGCAACUACCUAUGUAUCAAACUAUCUAUCCGUUCAUGUCUGGUUCUCGAGGUCGCCACCAUCCGCCGGAGACCUUGGGAGGAACUUUUUUUGUUUUUUUUGGUCAUAAGUAAAGAUGCCUUUUAGGACUUUUUUUGUGAACAAUGGCGUGGAAAUGUGUUUUGUAUUUGAGCAGAGAGAUAGCAGUAUUGUAUACUAUCAAUGUUUCAUAGCAUUGGAUUGUGGGUGUUUUUUUUAACGGGGCGGCGUUCCCCACCCGUUCCAUUGAAUACUGUACAAAAGUUUUGUUUUUUUCAACAUUCUAUAUCAGGGGUAGGGAACCUAUGGCUCUCGAGCCAGAUGUGGCUCUUUUGAUGACUGCAUCUGGCUCUCAGAUAAAUCUUAGCUGACGUCGCCCAACACGAUAAGUGUUGAAUAAUUCCUCCGGUAAUCACGGUGUUAAAAAUAAUGCAUUCUCACGCAUUUGAAUCCAUCCGUCCGUUUCUACCACACCUGUUAUUAUUGGCUAGCUUCGGAAUAACAAUGGUAUCAAAAAGAAUAAGGGAUGCACGCAUUUAGUUGUUCUAAUAUGGAAAAGUCCAACAUAGAAUUUUCUCACAGUACAAGAGUCUACGUGUUUCUCCUCAUUGAGCUAAAUUUAAUCCAGUCUCUGUUUAAUUCCAUGCUUCUUGUCUGUUUAAUACCGUAUUUUCCGCAUUAUAAGGCGCACCGGACUAUAAGGCGCACCUUCAAUGAACUUCCUAUUUUAAAACGUUGUUCAUAUAUAAGGCGCACCGCAUUAUAAGGCGCAUAGAAUAGACGCUAUAGUAGAGGCUGGGGUUACGUUAUGCAUCUUUUAGAUCAGGGGUCACCAAACUUUUUGAAACCAAGAGCUACUUCUUGGGUACUGAUUAAUGUGAAAGGCUACCAGUUUGAUACACACUUAAAUAAAUUGCCAUAAAUAGCUAAUUUGCUCAAUUUACCUUUAACUCUAUGUUAUUAUUAAUAAUUAAUGAUAUUUAUGUUUGUGGAAACACUGAUCAUCUUAAUGAUUUCUCACAAUAAAUAUAUAUCGAAAGAGAUAUAUAUAUAUAUAUAUAUAUAUAUAGUCCUUUUACGGAAGGUUUUUUGUAGAGAAUAAAUGAUGAAAAAAAAACGCUCAAUUGAACGGUUUAAAACAGGAGAAAACACAAAAAAAAUGAAAAAUCAAUUUUUAAACAUGGUUUAUCUUCAAUUUCGACUCUUUAAAAUUCAAAAUUCAACUGAAAAUAAAAAAUAAAAAAUUGCUAGUUCCAAUAUUUUUGAAAAAAUUAAAAUAAUUUAUGGAACAUUAAUAGUCAUUUUUCUCCUUUUAAAAUUAAUUUUAGAAUUUUGAUGACAUGUUUUAAAUAGGUUAAAAUCCAAUCUGCACUUUGUUAGAAUAUAUAACAAAUUGGACCAAGCUAUAUUUCUAACAAAGACAAAUCAUUAUUUGUUCUAGAUUUUCCAGAACAAAAAUGUAAAAAAUAAAUUCAAAAGACUUUGAAAUAAGAUUUAAAUUGGAUUCUACAGAUUUUCUAGAUUUGCCCGAAUAUUUUUAUUUUAUUUUAAUCACAAUAAGUUUGAAGAAAUAUUUCACAAAUAUUCUUCAUCAAAAAAACAGAAGCAAAAAUGAAUGAAGAAUCAAAUUGAAAUUUAUUUAUUAUUCUUUACAAUAAAAAAAUGAAAAAAUACUUAAACAUUGAUUUAAAUUGUCAGGAAAGAAGAGUAAGGAAUUUAAAAGGUAAAAAGGUGUGUGUUUAAAAUUCCAAAAAUAUUUUUUAUGUUUGUAUUUUUUCUCUGAAAUUGUCUUUCUGACAGUUAUAAGAAGCAAAGUAAAAAAAUGAAUAAAAAUAAUUUAAUUAAACAAGUCAAGACCAAGUCUUUAAAAUAUUUUCUUGGAUUUUCAAAUUCUAUUUGAGUUUUAUCUCUCUUAGAAUUAAAAAUGUCGAGCAAAGCGAGACCAGCUUGCUAGUAAAUAAAUAAAAUUAAAAAAAUAGAGGCAGCUCACUGGUAAGUGCUGCUAUUUGAGCUAUUUUUAGAACAGACCAGCGGGCGACACAUCUGGUCCUUACGGGCACCGCGUUGGUGACCCCUGGAAUAAGGGAUGCAUGCAUUUAGUUGUUGUAAUCUGGGAAAGUCCAAAUGAAAGAGGAGGCGUAGAAAUCUCGCGUCAGAGCGUUGGACGACACUGUACAAGAGUCUACAGCAGGGGUGUCCAAGGUGCGGCCCGGGGGCCAUUUGCGGCCCACAGCUAAUCUUUUACCGGCCCGCCACACAUUCUGCAAGAAUUGCAAAAAUGACAGUAUUGCAAAAAUAAAAAAAAUAAAACAUUUAAAAAAAGUGGAAUGAGGUGAAAUCUAAUGAGAAAAAGUGGCAAUGUUGUCUUUAUUUUUUUUUCCAUUGCUUAAAAAAUUAAAAAAAAAAAAAAAGGACAAAAAAAACCUAUACUAUAAUGAAUUAUUAUUACUUAAAAAUUAUCACUUUAAAAUGUUUUAUGUGGAAAAAAUAUCGCAUAUGUUGUGUGGUUGCCAUAUAAAAACAUCAAAGUUUUGACAAAAGAGCACAAAACAAACAAAAUAGUUCAAACUUUAAAUCGACAGACACAUCGGAAGUUCAUCUUGAAAUGUAAUUGUUAAAAGUAUAAAUAAUAAUGAUAAUAAAAAUGCAUCACUUUUUGAGUGGGGAGCCUUUCGGAUCUCAAACAUAUUUAGUCGGAUUUUAUUUUACUUUUCACUGUGAUUACUCAAAAAUAUUAGAUAAUUAAAAUCAAUGGUUUCUUGAAUAAUUGAUCUUUGAGGGCUUCAAUUGCUAUAUAAAGGAACUCUCCUGAAGGAAUCAAUAAAGUACUAUCUAUUUAAAUACUGCACAUUUCAGUUUUACUAUAAAAAACAAAGUUGUCUUUGACAGAAAAUGCAUAAAACCUUAUUUGUUUUACUUUAUAUGUGAAGUGUGAAUUGAAUUAUAUUUAUAUAGCGCUUUUCUCUAGUGACUCAAAGCACUUUACAUAGUGAAACCCAAUAUCUAAGUUACAUUUAAACCAGUGUGGGUGGCACUGGGAGCAGGUGGGUAAAGUGUCUUGCCCAAGGACACAACGGCAGCGACUAGGAUGUCAGAGGCGGGAAUCGAACCUGCAACCCUCAAGUUGCUGGCACGGCCACUCUACCAACCGAGCUAUGCCGGUUAUAAAUCUCUAUAUCAAGUUGAUAUAGAGAUUUACUGUAAGCAUUAAAUAAAUAAUAAUAAUAUUACUUAUUUUUAACAUUUUAGUGACUGAGACCCUCUAUGCUCCCCAGGAGCCCUAAGGAUUAAAAAAACAAAAAGCCAUAUAUUUUAUGGUUUGAAAAUGAAAAAUAUGAAAAUCGCCCCGCAUGCUUAAAUUUUUCCGUUUGCGGCCCUCUGUGGAAAAAGUUUGGACACCCCUGGUCUGCGGAUUUUUCCUCAUUGAGCUAAAUUGAAUCCCGUCUCUGUUUAAUUCCUUGCUUCUUGUCUGUUUAAUACAUGUCGUCAGUGUUUGAACUUGACAGUUGUCUUUCAUGGCCAAAAAGGUUCCCGACCCCUGUUCUAUAUACUAUUUGCUAUUAUUUGUCUGACAAGCAAAUGUCCGCGUGAAUGGUCGGUGCGGUUCCCUUUUGUCACACUGGUGUCCAUUUCAUCACGUAGGCGUGAAACAUGUAACCGGAAAAAAAAAAAAAAACGUGUACGUUGUAGGCCAACACUGGAUUCAUGCUGCUUGAAUGCCGAGUCACAUUGUUUUAUAUUUAUAUUUUUAUACUUAUUUUUAUAAUAAA